GAUAGUGUGUGGAAAAAGCCUCUUUAAAAACGAUCUGGUCCCCAGGAAGCAGUAUUUGAGGAGUCGGGAUUCCUGAGCUGCCCUCAGAACCUACUGUAGUUUUUGUUUUUUCUCUCUCCGAUAAUGUCUCAUCAGAAGUCAGAAUUGAUAAUGCUUGAUGUUGAGUGGAAAAUUCCACAGGAAGUUAAGGAAAUGUUUAACAUUAAGGGGGACUGAGGGAAAGGAAGGUCCUGUAAAGAACGGAUCCUAAGUUGUGUUUCAUAUGGGAUUUGGAUUUGCCUUUGUUUACACCAGGGAGUCUUAUGUGGGUAUAGAUUAUUGUGGUGAGCAACUGAAGUGGAAAUAAUUUCCCAUGACGUUGCUUGUUCUUGGGAACUGAGGAAUUAUAAACCAGCAAACUAGAUGUUACACAGAUUGCCAUAUUUUUUAUUUAUUUAUGAUACUGCCUUGCCAGGUCUGUGUCUAAGGUCUUUCCACUGGGCUAAAUGCGUAGCUGUUGGCAGUGGCUCUGGGUUUUUAAUAACCAGUCUAAUCCAGAAAUCUUAAAUCUGUAUGACCUUUCUCACAUCAGUUUUACGGUUUUAUUUGUUCGUGUUUAAGAAUUAAUAUCUCAAACGUUUCUUCAUUUUUACCCACAAUAUUCUAGGACUGUAUACAUGUACAGCACAGUGAAGUUUUUCUAAAUUCUUUUAAAUUUUCUAAUUCACUAAAUACAAGAUAUUUAAAAAACAAAUCCGUGAAAAUUUCCAAUUGCAAAGAAAUUUCCUGUAUGUGGCAUAUUUUUCAGAACAUUUCAGACAACAUUUUCAAAGAUACAAAUAUGCAGUGUUUUCGUGCUAUUAAUUUUGAACCUUUUUAUUUAUAUAUUGUAAAUAUGACCCGUGUAAAUGAAUAUUGUAUUUACUACAGAGGAAAAAAAUCUUGGAAAAAAUUUAUAAGAUUAAAAAUGGGUCUCUGAUGGCAAGGCGAUGGCUUUAAUGCAAAGCAAAUGAAAGACAUCUGGGUUUGAGAGGGGGGGGAGAGAGGGGAGAGAGAGCUCGACUGGAAGAGAAGAGGAUAAUAUGUAAAACUUUAAGCGCAUAGAUCCUCUCAGUCAGCAACAUUAGAGGGGUCAGCGCUGCUUCCUCCCAGAGGGUGGAUGGGUAUUAGAGUCGCUGUAAUGCCUCCAGGUUCACAGGGACCGUCUGCUCAGUGACCUGCAGGCGUCUUUGAUCGGGCGGGCUGUGGAGGAGAGAGACCGCCGGCAUGCUGAGCUUGAAGAGACGGAGGCAGAGCCUCUUCCCCAAUUACAAGCUGGGAGGGGCGACGGACCCCGUUGCCAGGGAGGUGGACCACCACCUGCCCUUCGCCAAGGACGGCUUCGUGAAGCAGUGGAACUCCAUGCAGGAGCUGAGCCGGGACAUCUACAACAUAUACGAUGAGUACGAGAACGAGGAGGACGACCGGGUGCCCCUCGCGCAGCUGAGGCUCAGCUCGCCCUCCAAGAACUUCAUGCUCAACAUCAACGUGGGCGGCAAGGUCUACCAGAUGUCCUACCGCGUGGCGGCCCAGUACCCCAAGACGAGGAUCGGGAGACUGGCGACGUACACCGACCACAACCGCAAGCUGGACCUCUGCGACGACUACAUCGUCCAGAACAACGAGUUCUUCUUCGACCGGGACCCGGACAUCUUCCACAACAUCUUCAACUUCUACCGGACCGGCGUGCUGUGGGUCAAGGACGAGCUGUGCCCUCGCAACUUCCUGGAGGAGAUCAACUACUGGGGCGUGCGGAUCAAGAACACCCACCGCUGCUGCCGCAUCUCCUUCGAGGAGCGGCAGGAUGAGCUGAACGAGCAGCUGAAGGUCCAGCGGGAGCUGCAGGCAGAGGUGGAGAUCGAGGAGAACGAGGAGCUGUUCCGCGACAUGGCCUUCGGCCACGCCCGCCGGGCCAUCUGGAACCUGAUGGAGAAGCCCUUCUCCUCCGUCACCGCCAAGCUGAUGGCGUUGGCCUCCAGCUUCUUUGUGCUGGUGUCGCUGGUGGCCAUGACGCUCAACACGGUGGAGGAGAUGCAGUACCGCACGCCCACGGGCCAGCUGAGCGGCCGGACCUACUGCGAGUACGUGGAGACCCUCUGCAUCGCCUUCUUCACCGUGGAGUACCUGCUGCGGCUGGCCUCCACGCCGGACCUGCGCCACUUUGGCCGGAGCGUGCUCAACGCCGUGGACCUGAUCGCCAUCCUGCCGCUCUACCUGCAGGUGGUCCUGGAGCACUUCGAGAGCGAGGAGCAGGGCAAGCACAGCGACAUCGAGACGGUGAGCCGCGUGGGGAAGGUGGGCCAGGUGCUGCGCAUCAUGCGCCUGAUGCGCAUCUUCCGCAUCCUGAAGCUGGCGCGCCACUCCACGGGCCUGCGGGCCUUCGGCUUCACCCUGCGCCAGUGCUACCAGCAGGUGGGCUGCCUCUUCCUCUUCAUCGCCAUGGGCAUCUUCACCUUCUCCGCCAUGGUCUACACCGUGGAGCACGACGUACCCCAGACCAACUUCACCAGCAUACCCCACGCCUGGUGGUGGGCUGCCGUGAGCAUCUCCACGGUGGGCUACGGGGACAUGUUCCCGGAGACGCCGCUGGGUCGCAUCUUCGCCUUCGCCUGCAUCUCCUUCGGCAUCAUCCUCAACGGCAUGCCCAUCUCCAUCCUCUACAACAAGUUCUCCGACUACUACUCCAAGCUGAAGGCGAACGAGUACACCUCCAACCUGCAGAACCGUGGGAGAGUGCGGUUCACCAGGAGGGCGGUCAAGAAGAUGAGCGAGUGUUGCGAAGGAGCCCGGCAUUAGCGUCCGGCCCGCUCCUUUAGGAAACGUUAAAGGUCGCUCCGUCCUGGCUUCCGCUGUAGACCGCUUUAACCAAGCUGACGCAAUCCCUGCAUCAAAUCCUGGUGAGGUCAUCGCCCUCAUCGCCCGAGGAAGGUCCCGCGCGCACGUCUGAGACCCUGAAAAGAGGACAAAUGGAAAUGACCCUUCUGUCCUUAGCUCUACAGUGGCCUAGUUUUUCAUGUGGAGCGGAGGGCUAAUCGCCCAAACUCAAUGGGCUACUUCCCAUUUCAACGACAUACGUUGCAUUAUUUGCAUUUCGAAGCAACACCUUAUGUCUCAGGAAAUGCAUGGCAGCUACUUUAUCAUGAAUCAUUUAUUAGUAUGCAUGUACAAUUACUGCCUGUUAUAUAACUGCCAUCUUGUUCGUGGCCCGGCGGUUGGUGUAACCAAGAUCAUUUGAAGUACAAAUUGUACAUCCUACUCACUGACAUUGUAAAGCCUGGUAAUGCGGUCAUGUUAAGGUGGACAGAUACGACUGCUUUUCGACACACGUCCCCUAACUUGACAGCCUUCCCUCAAGAUGAAAGGUUUAAAUAAGCAGGUUCACAUGUUCGAUGAACAGCUAGUAAUUGUCAGCCACAUAUUAUGAUUCAGCAACAGCUGAAGUCCAUAGAAAUGCGUUUGAAACUGCAGAGACGUUUUUAAGAUGGUAAGACUCUGGGACAAAAAUACAAUUCUCACAUUAAUUACCUUUUAUCACAACCAGUGUGCAAGGGU